UCACGCUGUCCCUCUGCCUGGGUUGAUUCCUCCUCUCACGGUCUCUCCUCCUCGCUCUCAUGGCGUUUAAUUUCAGGAGAGGCCGAAGAGGCCAGUUUAAACAUAUAGCUCAUGGCCUGAUCCCUGCAGCUACCAUAGCUCCUAAACCUGCUGUUCCCCGCACCCCUCCCCCUCGUAGUCCAAACCCUUCUCCAGAAAGGCCCAGAUCAGCUCUGGCAGCAGCUAUUCUCGUGACAACGCUAACUGGCCGGACUGUUGCAAUCCCUCAACCUCGCCAACGAUCACUUUCGGAAAGCGAUGCCUCCUAUUUGCAAGAUCAAGAAAAUUAUAUUGAGCCAUAUUGCACCGUUACUGAGCUCCGAAUGGGUCCAAACUGGAAGAGUGAGGGUGAUGAAAGAAGUGUUGUGCAGUCUUUGGAUGCUUCUGGCAGUUGUUGCGAAGAUGAAGACUUGGAUACAUUCGCCUCAGACACAGAGAAAGAACCAGAGCCUAAUCAUCAGGCUAUGAAUCAAAAAGAAAGUGUUAGUAGUGAGGCUAUCUAUGCCGUUCCACACAAAAUUAAAAAGAAAAAUCUCCCAGUGUCUUCUGAUACUGAGGAUGAAGAAGAUGAGCCUUCUCGCCAGGAUUCUUGGUUUAUUCGUCCAAAUGUUCAAGUGGAAGAAAUCGAACCUUCUGUAGAGAAUAGCCCGGUUGAAAAGGCUGAAAAACCACUGACUGAAAAGCCUCCAUCUCCAGACGUAAUACUACGUAAAAGGCAGGGACAGGUGGAUCUCGCUAGAGAGAAGCUCCAGAAACUGAAAGACGAAAAUUGGCAGGUGAACAAUGCAAAUCAGACCCUGCUUUCAGAACUUGGGGAGAUGAAGCAGCAAAUGAAGGAACUUCAACUAAAAGUUAAGACACUGGAAAAAGAAAAUACGAAACUUAAAGAAAUUGAACAGAAUUCACAUAGAGAAGAGGAACUUGCAGAAUUGCUUUCAUUAAGACAACAGGCCCAGGAACUGGUGGAUGAAAAUGACAGUUUGAAAAUGACCAUUCAUCGUUUAAAUGUGGAACUAAGUCGCUACCAGGCUAAAUACAGACCAAUUUCAGCAAAUGAGAGUGUAAGAAUUGGCAGUCUGCCAAUGAAAGGACCAGUGCCUCCAUGGCUGCUUGAUAUGAAAUAUUUAUCUCCUCUGCUAUUGGCAUAUGAAGACAGAAUGAAGGAAAAGGACGAUUUGAUCCUUGCACAUGAGGAGGACAUGAAGAACUUUAAAGCACAAGUUGAAGAGGUGGUGAAGGAAAAUGAACAGUUACACCAGCAACUAUGUAAACACAAUUCUGUUUCAAUCAAGGAAUGGCAACAGCUGCAAAGCCAAGCCAAGCUUGUCCUAGAAGAAAAUGCAGUAUUGAUGGAGCAGCUUAAAAUACAGGAAGCAAAAGCGAAAGACAACCACAACCAGCAUGUCCAAGAUGUUUCCAAAUUAACAAAACAGCUGAUGGUUUUGGAAGCCAAGAAACAGAGCCAAGAAGAGGAGAUGAAAAUGUGUCAGAAGCAGCUGGAAGAGUUACGCUCUACGUACAUAGGGCUAAGAGCCAGUUUUAAAGACUGCGUAACCAUGGAAGAGCACGUUGCUUUGGUAAAUCAGUUUAAAAGCCAACAGCAACAGGAGCAGGAAAAGAGGGAGGCAGAGCUACAGGAGUUAAUGGGAAAACUAGCAUCUGUGCAAGCUGAAAAAAAGAGCCUACUUAUAGAGAAAAAUGACCUGGUGGCUGAGAACAAGGCAGUAGAAGCUGAGCUGGAAAUGGCACAGAAAAUAAAAAGGCAAUCACAGAAGAAAAUAGGUCUUCUGAAACAACAGCUGGAAGAAACAAUGGAAAAGGAGGAGGUAGCACGUCAGUAUUUGGCAAAUCUGAUCACCUUGGCAGAGAAUGUGAUUCAAGAACGUGACCACCUUUUAAACUUGACCAGUUGCUUAGAAAAAGAGAAGCAUGGUGUUCUCAACAAAGUAAUAGAAGGGAAUGUACGUCUAGGAAGAUUAGAAGAGAAAGUAAAGGUGUAUAAAAAGACAGCUGCAGGGAAGCUUGGAGAUUUCGCCCUCAAAGUGACCGAACAAGAGAAGGAAUUUGCUGGGAAGGCUGCUCAGUACCAGCGAGAAAUGAAGCACCUCCAGCGGCUGCUGCAAGACAGACAGGAAACCCUUGACCAAGUGCUGCAACAGAAAAGGGAAGUGGAAGGUGAACUUGAAAUAAUUUGGGAAUCGACCACCAAAGAAAACAGGAAGAUGAAGGAACUCUUGCAUAAAUCUCUGGAGAAGAGCACACAGAGCCCUGUCAAAACUUAUGAAUCACAUUUAGCUGACAUUUCUCAGAAAGACCUGCUUGGCGGGUACGGUUUUAGCUACUGUGAUGUGGAGCUUUCCUCGCCUGCUAAAAGCCACAGCCAACAGGAACCUGUGUGUUAAGGGCACAGAUGCUGCUGUCACUUCCAGGGCAGAACACAUCUGAAAGAAGCACAGACAAAAAAUGUAAUCUGUUAAAUUAGUACUGUUCGGAAGCAGAACAGGAUAUACCAAAGGAGGUCUGUUGUUCUUUUCAGUAAUGUUCCAGUCGGGAAAUCUGUCUGGCUGUAACUUGCACGGUGCUGUAGGGAAUACAUCUUAUAAUUUCUUCAGAAUCCUGGAAAUCUGACCUUUCAUUUUAAAAGGCAAUUUACUGGCCCUUCUGGUUGCAGAGAAAGGACUGAAAACAUUUCUCUAAAUAACAGAAAACAGAAGGAACAUUAAAUGCUGUUUGAGUGUGGAGCAACUUUUCCUUCAGCGUAAACCCCAUUUUUUCCCCUCCUCUGUGGAUAUUUCUCAGGGCUUCUUCUCCUCCUAGCAAUGGGCGGCCACAAGAAGUGUGUGUGUGUGGGGGGGGGGGGGAGUUAUAAAUGAGGAUGUAAUAACCAGCAUUGUGUUGUGGUUGCUGUUCUUGCAUCACAGUUGCCGGUGCUGUCUGUACUGAUCCCUCCAGCAUGUUUGGAUUAGUAGAAACCAGCAUAUCCCUGUGUGUUUGUGCCUGAAAUUCACAAAAGCCUUUGCCUGGAAACAGCCUACCGUAUCUAUUUCCACACAUCUUUUAAUAUGUGUCGGCCUUCAUUUCUCAAUCUGUGAUCAAAAAAUGGAAAUUACCCACUCUCUCUGUACUCUGGGCGAGGGCGGGGGGGGGGGAAUAAUGCAAUAAAAUGCAGUAUACAAGUUAAGUAAAUGUUUGCAGAUUUGCAUAACUUCUUUCUACAGAUUAACUUCAGUUUUCUGGUCACAGGUUGUGGGGAUUUGAAUGCAAAAUACCAGUCUCGCUGGUAAUCAUUGCUAUAUCUAAUUCUAAAGUGACUGGUCCCUGAGUGGCUGAUGGAAACCAUAAAACUAGGCCAUUCACAGACACAGUGAGGCGGCACUCCCCAGGUAUGCAACAAAAUUGUAAAUUAAGAAAAUGACAUAUAUACCUCCCCACCCCCCAAAAAAACACCAAACUUGAUGAAAAAUGAAGACGUUCUAGGAUCCCAGAAUAUUGGAAACCACCGAGUGUAAAUUACAGGGAGAAAAGAGGAGAAGGAAAUGUAGGUGUUCAAGCUUUCAGAUAGAAACCUGAAAGGCAACAUACCGAGUGGUGGAGUGGGACUCCGUCCACCCACCUGAUGCUUCAUGCCUCUUCUACUUACAGAAGGAGGCUCACAAGAAUGAGUCUCUGUCUAGGCUGUACUCUUUUGUUGCUUAAAGUUGGGUUUUUUCCAUAUUGUCAAUAAGCCAUCUACUUACUCAAACCAAAGAGAGAGGCUAAUGCAGCUAGAGUUGCUGCUGAAAAGCUGUUUGCACUAAUUACACAAUUAAUUCAGAAAAUGUGGAAUUGGAAGCCUUAAUUGCUGGACUUUAGCUGAGCUUUUACAAAAAUAAGGGACAAAAGGAAAAGAGAUUGACUCGCCCUAUUUAGCACCUAUUCUGUAACAGAAUUCCCUCGAUCAGGAGGCCAAGCAGCAAGCACACCUGGGAAUGACCCGAGGAAAACAUUUAUGUGAAGUUAGGCCCUUUGUAAUCUUACUUCUGAAAAUCUGUCUACAAAUUCCAGUUAUUUGCGUACUGAGAAGCAUUUUUAAUUAGGGUUCCAUUUUGCUCAGUUGCUGUGAAGCAUUUGUAUCAUUCUCCGUUAUACAAUAAUGUGCACCAACAGCAGAAUAAGCAAGGCUUGGGGUCUUUUGUAUGCAUCUGUAGGUUUGUAACAUUAGUGGUCACAAAGAUAACAUUUGAUCUUUAUGUAAACCUAAGUAAUUAGCACUCAAUUUAGGGAACAAUUGUUCCAAAAGAUGUUUUUCAGCACUUGAUUUAACAAUCUGAAGACUAUGUUCCAAAGGAAUUGGCUAUGAUGCACACUGUAAUCCUUGACAAAUUGGAGUCAGUUUUCUGAUGUUUUUUUGUGUACAGGUGGUUGGGUGCUGCUGCCAUCUUUGAGGGCCCUGAACCUGUUUUCCAAAUAUUAAACAGAUUGCAGAUGGAUGUUUACUUGUGCUUUAUAUUGUGCAGACUGUAAGAGCAAUACAUAGCUGCCUGUUUCCAUGUCCAAAUUCCAAAUCAGGACAUCCAGCUACAAGAGUUAUAAAUGUUUUUUUUAGACAGAGAGCUGCAUGCACCUUUGUGGCCAAGUUUUGGAUUUGAUAGACUUUAGAUCACAUUAUUUAAUACGACAUUCCAUAAUUCCAUGAAGGACAUGAGUUCUUUUUUAUAAACAGCCAUUAACCCAUACAUGGAGAGCCAGUUUGGUGUAGUGGUUAAGAGCACGGGACUUUAAUCUGAAGAACCGGGUUUGAUUCCCCACUCCUCCGCUUGAAGCCAACUGGGUGACCUUGGGCCAGUCACAGCUCUUUGGAGCUCUCUCAGCCCCACCCACUUCACAGGGUGUUUGUUGUUGUGGGGAUAAUAAUGACAUACUUUGUAAACCGCUCUGAGUGGGUGUUAAGGCGUCCCGAAGGGCGGUAUAUAAAUUGAACAUUAUUAUGGUUUUACAUGCCAAAGACCCGUCUUUGCAAUUUUACCUGCCAUAUUUAAUGAAACGGAUCUUGCUGUGCAAGUUGUGGAAAUGUGGGUAUGAUUUUCAGAACAGCAUAAUGUUGCUUAUAAACACCAUCUUCAGAUUCAUGAUUAAAAACCUUCCAUGUCUAACGACAUCUAAUUCUCCCCAUACAAGUUCUGGUGUGUAGCAACCAUGGAUUUCAGUCUCAUUUGAGUAUUCCGACAGCUGGUUUGCCCUCUCUACAAGUAUAAAGAAUGUACAAGUGAAAUGUGAACGUGAAUGUAAAAUGCAACAUAGCCCAACAUAUUAUUUACAUCAGUCUUUUGUUUAUUGUAGGUAGGCCAUGGAAACUGAUGUGCUUUAGCCAUGACAGCCAGUGGGCCAGAGUGUUUCUAAAUAGAUUUUGGUGCAUGGGCACAUUCCACUUUAGCUCUUUUUUCCUGGUGUCCUAUAUCAGUUUUAGAUAUUUUAUAUAUCUGCAUUAGCACCAAUAUUUGGAUAAAUGCUCAUUUUUAUAAAAAUGAUCUUGUUUGUAUACUAUCCCAAACUUUGCCAAA